AUGCGUGCAUUUUUUACCAAAGAUGCCUCAAAACCCGCCUCCAAAUUCAGACGAGAAAUAUCCGAACAACACGGCAUGCGUUUUCACCAAAGACGCCUCCAAAUUUACACGAGGAUAUCCAAACAACACGCGUGCGUUUUUACCAAGACGCCUCAACCAGCCUCCAAAUUAGACCGGAAAUAUCCGAACAACACGCGUGUGUUUUUUACCAAAGACGCCCUCAGCUCAGAAUCGCCUAGCACUUACAGAGACACUGUCAUGCCGUAUGACAUGGAUGCUGGGGAAGAUUUCGAGGCUGAGAUUACUGCCAUCUCGGAUGAUUCUGAUUCUGAUGGAUCUGAUGGUGAAGUAUCUGGGAGCGACUUGGAUGCAGUAAGGACGGUCCUGGCUGUCCCUGGGCCAGAUGCACAAAUGCAUGAUGUUCGAAAGGCCCUUGCGGUAGCCCAGCAAGCUUACCAUGCAACACGUUCUGAACUACGGGUCCUCAAGAAACAGUAUCUCACUCUUUCAUCUGCAAUUCCUGCUCGCAGCCGCAACCGCAUGCUCAAGAAGACGUCUCCACUGGAUUCCAGCAUCACCCACCAAGGACAGAAGUAUACCCUGUUUAGUCAUUUCUGGGUCAUAAACGGUCUGUUUCCGACUUCUCCUCAACCUGCUAAUGUCGACCCACGCGCCGCUACACGUUGGAGCUCUCCCGAUGCGAAGCUUAAAGGUGCAAUGGCUGAGCUGUAUCAGAUCAUACCUAAAGACUUGCACACCUCCAUGGAAACCUAUCCACGUUUCGGAUCAUUGUUUCGUUCGGCAGUCAGCUCCGAGAGGUCAAACAUUCUGCACAGUAUCAAGGAUUGUGCAGGUGUUAUAUUCUCUCCUUUCAAGCUCGACCCCAGCAUCUUUGCCGACCAGCCUUCCAAAAAGCAGGACAACAAGGAUCUCCUUGUCCUGCUCAAGAGGAAUGGAGAGGGCGAUUACAUCCGCCUUGCACCUGUGCUAUUUGCGAAGCCCAAUGCUAUGUCAGCCGAUGAUUUCCUCAAGUCUCCAGUGCUCGUCAAAAUUAUUCGCGUUGAAGUGUAUGGAAAGGCGAUACUUGGUGGGAAGACAAGGGGCCAUCCAAAGGGCAGGGGUCUGCGAAUGGGUGCGCAGAGUGUUACUGAGGGUAUGAUUGCUGGCGCUGCUAUAUUGGCACGUUUCUUGUUAACGCACGAUACCGAGCUCACUGCGACCGGAGCAGAGACGAAGAUCGAUUACCAGAAGGAUUACGACUUCUAUCUGGAACGCUUAUUCAAAAGCUCUCCAUGGGCAAUUGGCGUGAUGGAAUACUUCAAUAAGGAAGUUUUCAACACCCGUGCAGCGCUAUUGAGUGCACCCGCAUCCGUUGUACCCUCUGCCUCCAUCCCUCGCACCUGGGAAGAUGACCUAUUGGAGGAAUUGGAUAAUCCUGUUGCUCGUGCACCCUCGCCAACUCUUCCUCACCUGCAGAUCCUACCACCCAGGAUGACUGUAUCAUUGUCUCAACAUCAAUGUCAAUCAGCCAGCCACGUGCCAGGCGUGUCUUCUACGCAGCUACAGGUGGAUGUUACGCAGACUGAACCAGCAGGUGGAAAAGCAUGGCGUCGGGGUCGUAUUUCAGCUCAGCCUGUCCCUGCUGCUGUACCAGAUGUUCCGAAACCCAAACGCAUUAGCACACGCAGCAAGAAACCAACAACGAGGUGA